AAGGGGACGGGGAGCUGAAACUUGAGAUCCAGCCUUGGUGGGGGGAGGUUGGAGAGAGACAGAGAGAGAGACAGAGACAGGAAGAGAGGGUUCAGUUGCGUUUGGAGGUUUGGUGCAUGCGUGUGUGUGUGUGUGUGCGCGCGCGCGCGCGCGCGCGCGGGUUGUUUUCUUUCUCAGAGGGAGGGCAGGCCUCCACUGGAUAAUAAAAGAACUCAGAGGCCAGGCCAAGCGGGGCAGCGUGCAGGGCCGGUGCGGGGACAGGGCAGCCGUGGGCAGGAGCGAGGAGGAAGGAAGGGAGCAAGGGGAAGAUUCGAGGUGAGGGGGUGUCUGCGGGCGGGAGCAGAGGCAGUGGAAGGAAGCCGAGCAGCUGUGGUAUUUGAAGCAAGUAUAAAUAGCUGCCUGGACAGAGCUCGGCCAAGCAGGGGUUUGUUGCUGCCGGGGCUCGGGGGCAGGCCUGUCUGCGGCUGGCCAGGCGCGCAUCCUGGGCGCGGAGCCGGGCGCCCGGGGGCCCUAGCCCACAGCCCUCGCUGUCGCCACUGCUCCGGAUGCUCUCCCGGCCGGCCAUGCUGCUGGGGGGCCUCCUCCUCGCCGUGGCCGCCGUGACCGUGGCCCAACGGAGGGGGCAGGAGGUGGGCGGGCGCCGCCGGGCGCACCGCGUCCAGCACGGCCAGUGCAGCUACACCUUCGUGCUGCCCGAGCCCGAGCCCUGCCCGCCAGAGCCGGAGGCCUUCGGGGGCUCCAACAGCCUCCAGAGGGACUCGCCGGCGGCCGCGCUGAACCUAGGGGACUGGCCGGCCCAGCGAGUGCAACAGCUGGAGAAGGUGCUGGAGAACAACACAGAGCGGCUGCAGAAGCUAGAAAGGUACAUCCAGAUGAACUUGAGGUCAGAGCUGGCACAGGUCCAACAGCACAUGGUCCAGAACCAGACAGCCACCAUGCUGGAGCUAGGCACCAGCCUCCUGAACCAGAGCACGGCCCAGACCCGCAAGCUGACUGACGUGGAGGCUCAGGUCCUGAACCAGACAUCCCGCAUGGAGAUCCAGCUGCUAGAGACCUCGCUGUCCACCAACAAGCUGGAGAAGCAGCUGCUACUGCAGGGCCAUGAGCUCCACAGGCUGCAGGGCCGCAACAGCGCGCUGGAGACACGGGUGCAGGCCCUGGAGACGCAGCAGCAGGCGGAGCUGGCUUCCCUCCGCGGCGAGAAGGAGCGGCUGCGGCGUCUUCUGGGCCGUCAGAGCGGCGCCCUCGCCGGCCUAGAGCGCAGCCUGCGCGCUGCCAGCAGCAACUCCAGUCUCCUGCAGCGCCAGCAGCACCAGCUGCUGGAGUCGGUGCAGCGUCUGGUGCGAGUAGUGGCCCAGGGCCCGGCCUCUGUGAGGGCAGCUGAGCAGGUGUUCCAGGACUGUGCAGAGAUCCAGCGCUUCGGGGCCAAUGUCAGUGGCAUCUACACCAUCCAUGUGGCCAAUAUGACGGAGCCCAGGAAGGUGUUCUGUGACAUGGAGGCCAAUGGAGGCGGGUGGACUCUUAUCCAGCACCGGGAGAAUGGCAGUGUGAACUUCCAGAGGAACUGGAGAGAUUACAAACAGGGCUUCGGCGACCUGGCCGGGGAGCACUGGUUGGGCAACGAGGUCGUGCACCAGCUCACCAGCAGGGCUGCCUACUCUCUGCGUGUGGAGCUGCAAGACUGGGAGGGCAACGAGGCCUACGCCCAGUAUGAGCAUUUCCAGCUGGGCAGCGAGGGGCAGCUAUACAGGCUUUCUCUGAGUGGGUACAGCGGUUCAGCAGGGCGCCAGAGCAGCCUGGUCCUGCAAGGCACCAACUUCAGCACCCGUGACGCAGACAAUGACAACUGUCUCUGCAAGUGUGCCCAGAUGCUGUCCGGAGGAUGGUGGUUUGAUGCCUGCGGCCUCUCCAACCUCAACGGUAUCUACUACCCAGCUCGCCACCACGCGCGCAAGCUCAACGGCAUCCGCUGGCACUACUUCCAGGGCCCCAGCUACUCGCUGCGGGCCACGCGCAUGAUGGUGCGCCCCGUGGGCAUCUGAGAAGCAGCUGCGCCUGGAGGCGGGACCUGGAGGACAAGCCGGGACUCAGUAUCCCCUGGACAAGCUGGACCCCAAACACAGGACACAGUGCCAGGGCGUUGUCCUGGAUACCCUGGGUCCCCUGAGCCAGCCCUCCUUGCCCAGGAGUCAGAGGGUCAGCUGCCUCCCUGCUCCCCUCAACUUGUGAAAUGGUGGGUAAUGGGGGGCUCCUCCCUCUACAGUACCCCUCUGUCCUCUUCCCUUCUGUCUCCUGCAUGGGUCCCCUGCCAGCUUGAGGGUCACAAUACCCUGAAUGAGCUGAGAAUUGACUUCAUGUAGGUCCUCCAAGAAAUACAUGACUAACAGUCCACCCCUCCUAGGCCCCAGCGUCUGGAGCUCUGACCUGGUCUUUUGGGGGCUCCAGAAGAUCUAACAAGGAUUUCUUUACCCCCAGCGUGUCCUAGAAUGUGUUCCAGAGAGAAUAACUCAGGCUCUCCUCGAAAAGUACCUAAGGUCAAGUGAGGGAGGGAAACACCAGGUUAAAUCAAUAUGAACGGGCAUUCUUACCUGCAGGACUUAUCAGAGUCUUUAGUGAGGUCAUAUGCUUUUUGACUGCCUGUGAAGAGGUUAGAGUGGUCCACUUUCUCCAAGUGUCCUUAUUUGAAAAUAGGCCCUCUUUAUCCCAGAACAUCUCGGGGCUGCAGAUGCCCUUGGAAAAAGUUGGUUAAGUGUGACGAGAAGGAGUCCCAUCUCCCCACCCCCAUCCGCACUCACCCUUUCUAGCUACAAGAGACACAGUGAUAGUCUCAAACAGCCUCUAAAAACAACUGGAAGAAGCUUUGGUUUAAAGAAGACACACGCCACCCCUGAAGAAGGGUCUAGAACUAAGUUUCCAGUCUGCUAUGGGCUGGGGUCCUGCCAAGCUCCUUCUGGCCUCAGGAAGCCAGAUCUCCACCUGGAGGCUACCCUCUCAGCACUCCUUGUAACCCUAGCUCACUUUGGCUCAAGUUCAGGGAGUGUUGGGGACUGUCCACUCUGCCUUGGGCAGAAUGCCACUUUCAGAUCCUUCCAGCCUCCAAGCCAGGACCCUAGCCCUCUCCUCCCACCUGAUCCAACAGUGAUGCUGCCGCUGGGGUUCGAGGGAGGUGGGAGCGUGGGGCAGAGCCGGCCUUGGCCUGGGUCUGGGAGACCAGGGGCUCCCCACGAGCUUCCUUCGGAGGACAGGGUCAGACAGGGGCCACAGCCCUUCUGCCACCCACCCCCAUCACUGUCACCUUCCUCGGUCCUGAUAAGGCCCGCACAUUCCUGCCAUCUUCAGCCAACACCCAGACCAACCGAGACCAACCUACUCUCCCACUAGGGUACGCCUCUGUCUUCAGGAGGUUUUCUUCUGGAUGAGGCUGGGGUGGUGGAAAUGGACCACCUUUUCCCACAUGUCCUUGAGUCCCGCCUCAGCCAGUCCCCUGAGCAAAGCCAGCACAGAUUAACGCCGAUCUCUUUGAAAAGACCAAAGGAUGGGGUCGCCAAUGGUGGCCUUUCAGGCAGGAGGGGAAAGUACUGAGGGGCAGGGUGCUGCCCGGAAGGCCCACAUGGCCUCACACAGCCUUUGCUCACAGGCCUUUAUUUAGCAUCUACUGUGUGCCCAGUCGUGCUGUGGGCGGGGCUCUGCGAUUGCACAGACUGGCUCCAGCUCCUGGACUGGAGGCCGGUGGCACAGCCUCUCAAGGCCUCAGUUGCCUUGUCUGUGAAACGGAGAUGAUGCGCCCUCCUGGCUGGGCCGUGGCAGGAGGCGACGAAACCCUGUAUGUCAGCUUUGUAACAGGGCUCAGCAUGAGCAGGUGCCUAAUAAAGGUUAAUUCCCAAAGAGGAAAGCGGGGUGAGGAAAUUCACCCCCAAGUACAAUGCCUCCCUUCUUCUGGACCCAGGUAAGGUGAGCAUUUGAUUUCGAAUCCGUGGCAUUUACGUUUGUACCACAGAGCUCAUCGGCCAGGUGUGCACUGGAGAAGAAAUGAAGAUGGAGCUAGGAACCCCAGAAACAGACUCCACUGGGUGGGGUGAGGCCCAAAUCCCGGUCUGUACUCGUCUUCUAGAAAAGGCUGAGAAGCUGAUUUGGGUUACCCUCAGAUGCCUGUUCUUAAAUAUUCUUCCUUCCUUCCUACCCUCCUUCCUCCUCCAUGCCAGGACUCUCCAGCACGAGGUAUAAAAACCCGAUCGUAAGGAACGGAUUGACUCACAUACCAGGAAGUCUAGGGGUGGAUUCAGGCACGGUUAGAUCCAGGGGCUCAACUGAUAUCCCUCUUCACCUCUCAGCCCUGCAUCCAUCCUGUUGACUUUACUCUUGGCCAGGUUUUCUCCUGACAGGUGGCUCCAGCAGCCCUGGGCUCGUGUCCUCCCCGCUGAGGAUCCCUAAGUCAGAGAGUCCCCUGUCCCUGUGAUUCCAGCAAAGGCAUGAUUUUCUCCAGCUGGGACUGGUCCUCCUGUGCCCAUCUCUGCACUUAAUCUGUGCGUCUGAUUGACGAGACCUGGGCCACCUGAUCAUGCCUGGAAAAGGGUGGGGUCAGUCCCCAAGUCGCGUGGACUAGCAGUUUCCAGGCACUAUUUCCAGACUGGCGAUCACUUUACUUCCUUUCAUCUUUCCAACUCCCAUUUCCCUUCUCCCCAUCUCUGCCCCCUUCCCAGCCUCCUCACCCCCAAGGCCGGGCCCCAGGCUCCAGCUCACCCCGGAGUUGCCCCAAACUAUGAAGGACACAGCUGUGACCUGUCCAGGGAUGUCAGACCCCGGUUCAUGGUCCUGGCUGUGUCCCUGGAGCAGAGUCCCUGGCCCUCUCUGAGCCUCUGUUUCCCAACCAUGCAAUCAGGACAGAGCAGCUGCUGACCUCCAUAAGCCCCCAGACAGUGAUGCUGAGCCACCGAAGCUGUGGACAAGACCAGUGGAAGGACUCUGGGCAGCACAAGGCCCCUGUGGGGACAUGGCUGGUGUGGCCUUGGCCCUGGAUGGAUCUCCUUGGGGCCCCUAAGCAUAGGAACUGGCUUCUGGGGUACCUGACUCUGCAGGUUCCCAUGCAGAAUCCUUGUCACCUCGCCCUGCACCAGACCAGUGUUCUCCCCAUUGUAGUGAUGGAGAAAUUAGAGCUCAGAGAGGGCAAGGGUUUCAUCCAAGGUGGCACAGCCAGUCUUGCAUCUAUGAGCUGCCUUCCUCGUGCAGGCCUCUCUGGGGCAUCUUGGCACCAACCACAAGAAUACUGGAGUAAGGUCCCCUCUACUUAUUUCAAGGACAGAAGGAAAUUUCUGGAAAGCUCUCCAAGACCAGUCUGCCUUUACCACAGACACCUGAUCACAUUGUUCCUAAGUUCUGUGUGUGUCCCCAGCAACAGCAGAUCCCACACUGAGGCAGAGAGUCACUGUGCACACCCCAGAGCCAUGGCUGAGGUCAAAGGUGGCCCUUUGCAGGAAGUAAGGGAGCAGCCAGCAUCAGGAUGGUCUGUCUUGCUGGCUGGGGGGAUUGGACCCCAUUUUCAAGAUUUUUCUCUCCCUGGGGUCUGUGGGAGCCUUCCCCUCUCCCAUUUAAAGAUGUUUCCAAAAGCUAAGAGCGUUGCCUUGGCAACAGCAGCAUCUUUUGAUGGGGCAGCGCUUGGGAGAGUGGGGUCUAGUCCAGGCCGUGUCCAGCAUAAGUGUGUUACUUCCUUGUGUUAGAUGAAUGAGGGGUUGCAUAGCAGAGGUUCUCAUGGGUCCUGAGAUCAGGGAAGUCCAAAGGCCUUUAGCACCUGACACGUUCCUGCCCUACCCCGUCAGGACUCUCAGAGCCUCCCUUUCCCCGUCUGCACACUGGGGAGCCUGGGGGCCAGCUCACAGGGGAAUCACGCAGAUUCCAGGUGAUGGUGGCCAUCCAGGCCUGGAACAUUCACUCAUGCAUUCAUUCCUGCGUGCGUGCAUUCAUGCACAGAGCAAGUAUGUGUUGAAGAUCUGCCUGGGUCAAGGCCAGUGGGUGAUGGGGAUGGAGCAAACAAGACAGUCCUGUGCUCACAGAACUUAACAGG